UCCGCGCCGCCCGCACGCGCGACCUACCUGGGCGCCCCGCGCCCCCGGAUGCUGCAGGUCAUUCAGCAAUAGUUAUGACCUCCAGGUUACGUGCGUUGGGUGGAAGAAUUAACAACAUACGAACCUCAGAAUUACCCAAAGAGAAAACUCGAUCUGAAGUCGUCUGCAGCAUCCGCUUUUUAGAUGGCUUGGUACAGACCUUUAAAGUUAACAAACAAGACACCGGUCAAGUUCUUCUGGACAUGGCACACAACCACCUGGGCGUGACCGAAAAGGAAUAUUUUGGUUUGCAGCACGGCAAUGACACAGUGGAUUCUCCCAGAUGGCUGGAAUCCAGCAAACCCAUCCGGAAGCAAUUAAAAGGAGGUCCCCCCUGUACUCUGCACUUUCGAGUAAGAUUUUUUAUACCUGAUCCCAACUCACUGCAGCAAGAACAAACCAGGCAUCUGUAUUUCUUACAACUGAAGAUGGAUAUUUGCGAAGGAAGGUUAACAUGCCCUCUUAACUCUGCAGUGGUUCUAGCAUCCUAUGCAGUACAAUCUCAUUUUGGAGACUAUAACUCUUCCAUACAUCAUCCGGGCUAUCUUUCCGAUAGUCAGUUUCUACCAGAUCAGAGCGAUGAUUUUUUAACAAAGGUGGAAGCUCUCCAUGAGCAGCACAGUGGGCUAAAGCAGUGUGAAGCUGAAUCUUGCUACAUCAACAUAGCACGGACCCUCGACUUCUAUGGAGUGGAGCUGCACAGCGGGAGGGAUCUGCACAAUUUAGAUCUAAUGAUUGGAAUUGCUUCCGCGGGCAUCGCUGUAUACCGAAAAUACAUUUGCACAAGCUUCUAUCCUUGGGUGAACAUUCUAAAAAUUUCUUUCAAAAGGAAAAAGUUCUUUAUACAUCAGCGGCAAAAACAGACUGAAUCCAGAGAACAUAUCGUGGCCUUCAACAUGUUAAAUUACCGAUCUUGCAAAAACUUAUGGAAAUCCUGUGUCGAGCACCAUACAUUUUUUCAGGCAAAGAAGCUACUACCUCAGGAAAAGAAUGUUCUGUCCCAGUACUGGACUCUGGGCUCUAGAAAUCCCAAAAAGUCUGUAAAUAACCAGUAUUGCAAAAAGGUGAUUGGAGGGAUGGUGUGGAACCCAGCCAUGCGGAGAUCUUUAUCAGUGGAGCAUUUAGAAACCAAGAGUCUACCUUCUCGAUCCCCUCCUAUAACUCCCAACUGGCGAAGCCCUCGGCUCCGGCACGAGAUCCGAAAGCCCCGGCACUCUUCUGCCGAUAACCUUGCCAACGAAAUGACAUACAUCACAGAGACGGAAGAUGUGUUUUACACGUACAAAGGUUCCCUGUCCCCGAAAGACAGCGAUUCUGAGGUUUCUCAGAACCGAAGCCUACAUGGAGAGAGUAUAUCCGAGAACAAUCCAGCACAAAGCUACCUGACCCAGAAGUCAUCCAGUUCUGUGUCUCCAUCUUCAAAUGCUCCAGGCUCCUGCUCCCCAGACGGCGUUGAUCAGCAGUUCUUAGAGGACUUCCACAGGGUGACCAAAGGGGGCUCCACCGAAGACUCCAGCCAAUACUACUGUGACAAGAAUGAUAAUGGUGAUGGCUACUUAGUCUUAAUCCGUAUCACGCCAGAUGAAGACGGGAAAUUUGGAUUUAAUCUUAAGGGAGGAGUGGAUCAAAAGAUGCCUCUCGUGGUAUCAAGGAUAAACCCAGAGUCGCCUGCGGACACCUGCAUUCCGAAGCUGAACGAAGGGGAUCAAAUUGUGUUAAUCAACGGCCGGGAUAUCUCUGAACACACCCAUGACCAAGUAGUGAUGUUCAUCAAAGCCAGCCGGGAGUCCCACACUCGGGAGCUGGCCCUGGUGAUCCGGAGGAAAGCUGUCCACUCAUUCACUGAGAUCAAAUCUGAAGAUGAACUCAACCAGCUUUUCCCAGAGGCCAUUUUCCCCGUGUGUCCGGAGGGCGGGGACACUUUGGAGGGUUCCAUGGAACAGCUAAAGAAGGGUCUGGAAAGUGGGACGGUGCUGAUCCAGUUUGAGCAACUCUACAGAAAGAAGCCUGGUUUGGCCAUCACGUUUGCAAAACUGCCUCAAAAUUUGGACAAAAACCGAUAUAAAGAUGUGCUGCCUUAUGAUACCACCCGGGUAUUAUUGCAGGGAAAUGAAGAUUAUAUUAAUGCCAGUUACGUGAACAUGGACAUCUCUGCGGCUGACCUUGUAAACAGGUACAUUGCUGCUCAGGGACCCCUGCCCCAUACCUGUGCACAGUUUUGGCAGGUCAUCUGGGAUCAGAAGUUAUCACUCAUCAUCAUGUUAACGACUCUCACAGAGCGAGGACGGACCAAGUGUCACCAGUACUGGCCCGAUCCUCCUGACGUCGUGGAGCAUGGCCCCUUUCACAUCCGGUGUCAGUCAGAGGACUGCACCAUCGCUUAUGUGUUCCGGGAAAUGCUGGUCACAAACACAGAGACCGGGGAAGAGCACACUGUGACACAUCUCCAGUACGUGGCGUGGCCUGACCAUGGUGUCCCCGAUGACUCCUCGGACUUCCUGGAAUUUGUCAACUACAUGAGGUCCCUCCGGGUGGACAGUAAACCCAUCUUAGUUCACUGCAGUGCUGGAAUAGGUCGGACCGGGGUGUUGGUCACCAUGGAAACAGCCAUGUGCCUAAUUGAGAGAAACCUGCCAGUGUACCCACUGGAUAUUGUUCGGAAGAUGAGAGACCAGCGCGCCAUGAUGGUGCAGACAUCAAGCCAGUACAAGUUUGUGUGCGAAGCCAUUCUUCGAGUUUGUGAAGAAGGUUUAGUCCAAAUGCUGGAUCCCAGUUAAGACAACUGUGAAAACGUUCAUACGUUCAUUCCUCCUUCCCAAGGACAUCCUCCUUCAGGACAGACCUUCUCUGGAAGCAGCAAGAGGAAUCUGUAGGCGGUGGGAAAGGAAUGAGCCCAUUUGAACCCAGGCACUUUAAAUUUCUCUAGGAAAGGUAUCCUGUACAUAGGAACUGUGUAGGAAACGCAUGCAGUUACAGCAUCACUCAGGCCCGCGUUAUUCCUCCAGAGAUAAAAGCAAAAGGAGUCUCAGUUCGGGGCCUGUCCUCAUGCCUUCUUCCCUAGAUAUCACAUUAUUCCUGUAAACCAUCCUUGGGCAGUUCAGAGGGGACGCCAGCAGUGUUGUUGACUUCCCAGAAACAAGAUGGUGUGGCUAUUGAGGGCUGCUUGAUAUUUGGUGUCUGUGUAUAGGACUCUAAGGCUGAGCUUUCUGUGCUUCCAGGCGGAACUGGAACUACUAGCAUUCUCCUGCCCCGAUGCUAAGGACACCCUGAUGAAUGUACUAAGUGCAAGGUGGUGGGAUUUCAGGCCAAAGGACGAGCAGAACCAUCUCUGCCCUCCCUUUCUCUGUCCCACCUCCCUGCCACUUCCGAUGCUUGUAUUUCUGAGAAUCACGUCCGAGAUGCCCGCUUUCUCCCUGCAUUAGUGCCCUCUUCAGGUUCACACCCAGUGCCUGGACCGGAUUCGUGAUGGAGGCUUGGGUGAAUUUUCAGUCGAGACAGAGGGCGAGGGCUCUCGGCGUUGUGUUGUGUGUUACUUUUAGAAGCAGGUGCUUACUCUGCGCACCUCUUGCUGGACGCUCAGCACCCAAGACUGGAAUCAUCGACUACUGAAUCUACUUCAUGUAUUGCUGCUACUUCAAGCUCUUACACUUGAAACCUUACGAUUUUCCUGAGGAGAGAUGGGAUAGCCUCUAAAAAUUCAGAAUCUUUGGCCCUUCCGAGAAAAGAUCUAGUCAGUAAACCACCACGGGAAACCCAGCUUCUGUGUGUGUGUGUGUGUGUGUGUGUGUGUGUGUGUGUCCAUGGGUGAAUGUUUCUCAGGAUUCCUAACUUGAUUCAAAUUACAGUUGAGUUUAUAUAAAGAAAGAGUCUCUGUAUAGAAGAACAAAUGUGCACAUUCACCAUGAGUUACAAUGGUCUCCAUUUCAUUUCAAAGGAGAGGAUCAGACUAUCUGAAUAUAAACACAUUUGAUGUUAAUUUAUUCUAAGUACACCAUGAUUUUGAUUGUCCUGAAGAAUUCUGCCUUUGUUAAUACUGUGUUAAAUUUUUUUAAAAAUUUGUGACAGGAUUGUAGCAAAUUACUAUUUAAGGAAAAUAAAUUACAUAAAAAUUUUAAUGUGGCAUUUUUAAAUAGUGGUUUUUGUGUAGAAGAGGAAGUUAAGCCAGUUUUCUUAACAGGAUUUAUAGAAAAAGGAUGCUUUCAUGGUAUAGUGCAUCUAAGUGAAGCCAUUUUGAUGUUUAGCAAACUCUGGAUCGACUGAGUAGUUUCCUGGUUGUGAGAUGGGUAACGAUCAGGAGGCCAGGUUUCUAAAGGCUCUUAAUCUGCAGACCUAGCAUGUUCCCUUGCAUACUUCCCACUGAUAUCUUUUCCCCACUGAUAUCUUACUGCUAAAUGGCAGCAGCGAGGGUAGGGGGGACUGUUAUAUGGUGUCGUAUAGCAGAUGCCAACACCCCACACUGCGAAAUGGGAGACCAUCGAAGCCCCAACUUUGUCAGCAUAAUGCCAAGCUAACAGGAUGUAGCGGGAAAGUUUGGAGCAACGGGUGGAAAAUUUUUCUCCUGAUCACACUCAAAAUAACUAGUUCAAGGCACUCCUGUUUCCUCCUCCAAAUAGAAAUAACAUUGAGAACGUUAGGUUGACUGUGAGGAUUGAAUAAGAUUGUGUUAAUGUGACUUUUCAUCAGCUGGAAUCUAACUGACAGAGCUAUUGAUGAGUUACUUGGAAAAUUAACUUAUCAGAGAAAAUCACUUCCCUUCUGGAGAGAACCCAACGCACAAAGGAGUACCCUAUCAGUACUUAUGUUCAGUCUGGACUCAGAAAAUUUCAUCAGCAAAGGACCAACAAAGAGGGGAAGACUGACGUAGAUUUAAAUGUCAUCAGGAUAUUUGGCAAAUGGCUGCCAUUUGACAGAAAUGUAUCAUCACGGUGUUUGCAGAAACUUGAGAAGUCAAAUGUGUUUGGAGAUGUAUUUUAGUUUUUUAAAGCUAAUUAAGUUUUUUAGUGGGUUUGCAGAAAUGCUGCCAAUAUGUUACAUAAAUUUCUGAAAAGCUCACAGAACGUUGCAGCCAACCUCUUUCUACCAUUGCGCGGACCACUUAGUUCACACCCAACAGAUGUUACCCUAAACAAAAUCCAUGUAAUACUGGGGAAGAACAAGACUGGAGGAUUCUCUAAAGCAUCAAAACAUGUAACUACGUACUCUAGGUAUUACCAAUUAAAUUCUGUAGCUCCAGGUUCCUGCGUCAACACCUUAUAUACUUAAGCAAUGCUACUUAACAAGCCUUUUUUAGUCAUAAGAGAAGAACUUCAUCAAAACCAGAAUAAAUAUUUUGCCUGGGCAAUUUGGGUGUGAAUGGAGAAGACAUUUACAUCCUACGUUCUGGCGCUCUCGGAAGAGCUAAUUAGAUAACUUAAUGUGCUGACUUAAGGCGGGAGAUCCCUUCUGGUGUUCCACUCCAGAACUUGCUCUUAGUGUUUUCACUUUCCAGGAAAAAAGAGAUUUAGUUGAAUUUAGUUGGGGGGAGAAGGGAGUGUUGGAUCACAAACUUAUGAUGGCCUUUAUAUCUGUCACAGCAGUUUAUCCUUAAAUAUGCUUUUAGAGUAGCAGAGGUGCUACUGCUGCUUUGUUGCUGAUUGCUUCUUUUGGUACCUCAGAGUUUAUCAUUUGACAGCAAGCAACAGGCCUCCUCAUCUUCCAGAGGCCACAAGGAAAGGCAGCAUCAAAGGUAAAGAUUGUAAGAGGCAGGACUAGGGUCUUGACCUAGACCCAGCUGCCCUCAGUUCUUCCCAGCCUUCUCCACGAAGUCUGCACCACCAGCAGGCAGAGAGGGCAGAUAAGAUGGCUGAGGCUCAGGCCCCUCGGCCUCUCUGGUGGCAACAGGACCUUCGGGAGCAUCAUCCACAAGGAUACACCAGCCACAGUUAUUUAUGAGGAUGACCAGUGUCUUGCUUUCCACAAUAUUUCCUCUCAGCUAUCCACACAUUUUCUGUUGAUGGCCAAGAAUCAUAUCCCAUAUUUCUGUAGAAGAAGAUGGUGAUGAAAGUCAUCUUGGACAUUUCAUGAUUGUUGGCGAAUACUGUGUUGCUGAUCUGGGCCUGAAGAAGGGUUAUCGAAUGGUGGUGAAUGAAGGUUCCCAGGGGACGGUCUCUGUCACAUUCAGCCCCAUGGACUUGGACAUCAGCAGAGGAGCUGGCCUCCAGGUUAGCCACACUUUUAGGAUAGUCUUCUCUGGCUGGUGAUUAAGUUUAGAAGUUUCAGUGUGUUGAACAGUACACUUAUUUUGUCUACAUAUGAAUGAAAAAAAAUAAUGCAAAAAACCCAUACAUAAUAAAAGAUACUGUUGCAUGGUUAAAGAAAAAAGACACUCAGUUUUCUUAUAUGUUGGACCCCAUGACCUCCUUUGUUCGUAAAACAUUUACCUUUGUGGGAAUUUGUAUUCCAGAAAAUCAAAAUUAUUCCUAAAACCCAAGCUGUAAGGCUUCUGGAGAGGUCUGUCACAUUUCUGUCACUUUUCCCAUGAGGCAGCCCCUCUGACACUGGCGCUGUUGAAUGCCAAGGCGACCACUCCCUGGUUCUUGCCCAUCGUCCUCAGCUGAGGAUAGAUUCGUAACGGUGGUAGAGACUGUGACCUCAGUCUGGGGAACCCAGCACAUGGAGGCCGACAGCCAGGCUAAGCGCCAUCGUUAUGUUCUAUUCGGAGCAACCAAAGGAUUUGUCAUAAGUCUUGCCGUUUCAAAAAGUAUUUUAAUUGAUGAGCAAUGUUCUUUCUGUUAAUUUGGAAUGCUUUUCAUUCUGACCUGUUCUGUCAGUGAC